AUGGAUCAUUAUGAGCAAAUGCUAAAUUCAAGUUUACAUUUAAAGCAAACUAGAUUACUUGGUGAUGUGGUAUUAGUUUCUAAUGUUGAAAUAUUUGGUUCUAAUAUUAACAUUGGUGAACUUGAAUUUAUCUCUAAUACUGAAAAUGAUGAACUAGUGUUUAUUUCUAAUGUUGAAGAUAGCGAUCUGAUAUCAUACAUGAACAUGCAAAAGCAAUAUGAAAAUAUGCAAGCAAUUACAGAAAG